UUGAUGGAUUAAAGCUAAGCAGCUCCAUUGCUGAGUACCACCUGAUCUCUCUCCCACUGCCGCCCCAUAUAAGCCUGGCUGACUGCUGAUCUCAGCUAGUCUCACAGUGCCUCUCUCUCUCUCUAUCCCUCUGUCUUUCUCUCUCUCUGUCUUUCUUUACUCUCUUUCCUCUCCUCUUCCACUGUCUUUCUGUCUUUUCCUUUCUCUAAGCAGCCCCCACUGCAGCCCAGAAGCUAUCCAGUGCUGAACGUGUUUUCAUUUUUUCCCCCCCUGUUUUUUUUCCACGAAUGGGAGAGAGAGGGAGUGUAUGCAUGUGCGUGUGGUCCGUACAGUAGAGCACACACACAGCAUUGCAUCGUCCGUCGUCUCUCUUCUUGUCUGCUCUCCAUUUUCUUUAUCACCAUCCAUCAUUCUUUUACUCCUUUUUUUUCCCUUGGAUCUUUUUAUUUCUUUAAGUUGAACCGAUACACGGAUACACGAUUCAGCCUUCGUUGCUGCACUGCUUUUUGCUCCAGGAGUCAUUUUUUCCCCCCAAUUUAUUCCUUCUUCGACGUCCAUGCGUAGUGCUUCUUGUGUGUGUGAAUCAUGCCCCGCUCCUUUCUGGUGAAGAAGAUCAAGCUGGAUGAUUUCUCUUCGUCUCCUGUGGUGGCAUCUAACCAUCAUCAUCACCAUCACCAUCACCUGGAUGAGUCCUACACUUUCACUCGCUCUAUCACGGACUCUGUAACCAGUUUGGGCAUCCGGCUCAGUGAGAAUGGCUACCUUCAGGAUUACAUCAGCCCAUCAACGUAUCAGGGUGAGAAGAAGCUCAGCUCGGCUGUGUCUGACCCACUCUACGCUCCGGUAAACAGUGGAGGAGAGGAGUACUGUGAGCCAGACUUGGAGCAUCCGGACAGCCCUCAAUCCGGUCUGACGGCCCGCGGCUACUACAGCGGUGAGUCUGAAAGCCAGAGUGACGGCUUCACAGCGGACGGCUUCUUCAUCUCAGAUGGCCGUUCACGUAGAAGGGCUGAGUCCAAGGAGGCACGCAAGAGUGGUGUGGAAGUAAAGGAGUCGGGCGCGAGACACACGUGCAACGAGUGCGGCAAGACAUACGCCACAUCAUCCAACCUGAGCCGCCACAAGCAGACGCAUCGCAGCCUGGACAGCAAGAUGGCACGCAAGUGCCCGACAUGCGGCAAGGUGUACGUGUCCAUGCCAGCGCUGGCCAUGCAUGUGCUCACGCACGACCUCAAGCACAAGUGCAGUGUGUGUAGCAAGGCAUUUAGCCGCCCCUGGCUGCUGCAGGGUCACAUGCGCUCACACACUGGUGAGAAGCCAUUCGCGUGCGCUCACUGUGGCAAGGCCUUCGCCGAUCGCUCCAACCUGCGUGCCCACAUGCAGACGCACUCUGCCUUCAAGCACUACCGCUGCAAGCGCUGCCACAAGACCUUUGCGCUCAAGUCGUACCUGAACAAGCACUAUGAGUCGGCCUGCUUCAAGGGCUCCGGAGAUGAGGAUGAGUCCGGCUCAGAGAACUGAGCACCACACAGUGAGAAAAUAGAUGAGAAGGGGAAAAAAAAAAUCUUCAUUUAAUUAAUCCUUCACUAAGCCCUUGUAUACACACACACACACACACACACACACACGCACACACAAAUGCGCCUUUUCCCUUCCUUUUUUAGAAAGCAAUAUUUUCGCUGAGAUCACUUUGGGGAAGAAAAAGCAAAACAAUAAUGAGAAGACAAUAAUGAACAAAUGCUGGAUUUGUCUUCACUCUUGUUGCUAACGCAGUCCACAGAUACACUGCAACAUACUCUGAGUACUCCUCUCUCCUUCUUUCUCUUUCUCUCCUCUUCCCUCAAACACACACACACACACACACACACACACACACACGCACACACAUUAUGAGGCCUGGCAUGUGAAUUUUUAACAGUGACUAUAAUAAUAAUAUUAAUAAUAAUAAUAAUAAUAAUAAUAACAAUAAUAAUAACAACAACAACAAUAACAAUGAUAGUAAUAAUAUUUAGAAUCCUGAUAUUUUAUAGCAAAUAAUUUAAAAAAGAAACAAAAAAAAAAAACGACAAAAAAGGACAACGGUGUUCCUUCUUUUUUAGAAACAAACAAAAAAUGACCUCAUGUAUUUUUAUGCUGCUUUUUUGUUUUGCUAAGAGCUGAAUUCUUUUGCAACUGCCAACUUUUAUGACAAUGUCAAUAAUGACAGUAUUUGCAAAAAAAAGGCCACUUAAAAAGUUAAAAACUUUUUUUCUGCCAAUCUUUAGUAAAAUCUUACUUCAACAGGUGUUAUUUUUCUAUUACAAUCCCAACCUCCAGCAUUUUAUUUAUUGUCUUUUGGUUUGCCAAUCAACCCAAAAUGUCAUCGAAGUGUGAUCUUUGGGAACGGGAGUGUUUUGUGGACUCAUCAGAAUACAGUGGUUUUGUCACCAUGCACAUAUUUCAAGGACUUAACAAGGAAGGUGUAACUUAGAGACACUUCUGGUUUAAAACCCGUUGCUUUCGGUCCUGUUUAACAGGAUGCAAUAUCUCAGUAUAUGAAUCCAUCUCACAAUUCAUAGUGACUCUAAUGAGGACAUUUAAAAGCAAUCGCAACCCACAAUGCAGGUCUUCCUCUGCCAUUUUGGCUCAAACUGACUCUUCGAGUGUUCCCUCUACCUGGAAAUACUUCCCCCCACUUCCAAUCUAGCUAUUACCUCACUGAGAGGCAGGUACGACCUCUGACCCGUCCAUCCCCAACUUUCAUCAUUCACCUCUGUCAAAAAAGUGACCUCAUUUCCUACCACAUCAGUAUUAUUUUAUUUAUGUAUUUAUUCAUAUACUAUUUAUUCUUUUAUUUAAGUAUUUAUUACUUUUUUCUUAUUUAUUGGUGUUAUUUAUUUAAUGUAUUCAUCUGUGUAUUUAGAAUACUAAAUACCGUCAUUGACCUUGUAAGAUGCUGCUCUUGAAAGAAAAAUGUUUAUAUGCAUGAUGAAACUGUAGGAAAGAAAAAGUCCAUGCGACUUCUAGCAUUUUUUUGUCUCUCUCUCUCUCUCUCUCUCUCUCUCUCUUUUUUUUAAGAGGAACAAUGUACAGCAUUUGAGAAGUUGGAAUGAUACUUUGUUUCACAGGCAAUAAUUUUUUCUCGGCACGGCAAUGGACUUGUAUAAUCAUAGCUGUCCUGUCUGCAGACCACUUAGGGCAAUAAAUGAACGAGCCUGAACACAAACCACAAAGUCAUCCUCCAUCUCGUUGUUGUCAUUUUUAUUUGGGAUAAAUUAGUUUCGACUUGGGAAAAUCAUACCCUCAGUAAUGCCUAGGCAUACGUUGCACCCUAAUGAUAGUAACACUUCAUUUAUAUCCAUAAACAUUACUCAUUUCAUCUCUAGUGUAAAAUAAAUUACAAUUAAAUGAACCAUUUUCUUUUUCAAGCUUGUACUGACUAGCAGUGCUCUUAAUAACAAAAUAUGAGGUAGUUUUUCUUUCCUAAUUUAUCUCACAUCAUACCCGGGAAGAUCACCUAAUCAAGUCUAAAUUAACACUGGUGCUGAUGCUGUGUAGCCAAGUUUUGUCAUUCAGGCAAAUUAAUGAUUUGUAUAGUGUUUACCAUGUGCCAUGUUAUGGCAAUAUACAGUAUUAUAUUACAAUAGCUGAUGACAUAUUCAAAUGCGAUUUGUAAAAUUCCGCUCACAGAAAUUAAUCGCCAUAAGAGCAAUACUGUAACAUUUACCUUGAUGAUAUAAUAUCACCACUAAUGAUUACUUUAGAGUUAUUAUACUCUAUAACUAUAGAGUUAUAUAGAUACUAUACUAUCUAAGAAAAAAUACAUUUGAUAGGACACAUUUAAUCCAAUUAUCUUUCAACAUUAUGUUUUUCAAACAUACCACAUUGUCAUUUCUUCAGAGGCAAUAUGUAAAGCCUUGUAGUUAAGCCUUAGUCUGAUAAGCUACCAUGAUCUGAACACUUGGUUCUGCUACAGUACUCGCUUCAAGCCAUUGAAAUUCAUUACCUGGUUCAAACAGCAAUCUGCAAGUUUUGAAUGCCUCACUGCCUUUCAUUAUGGAAAACUCACACAAACUUCUCACAUGAGUUUUUAUUUUUAAUUGUUUAGAGGCACAUUAAAUGACAUGUUUUAUCAAAUUUCUAACAUGUACAUCAUUCAUUUUCCACAUAUGAUUUUGACAGAUAAUUCAUUUCAUUUUUACUGUUCCAUGUACUGUAUGUCAUAUCCUUUUAUUUGUCAUGCGUCAUGUCAUAUUCCUCACAUAAUCACAUGUGAAAUCUAAAGUGAUUUACAAAAAAAAAAAAAAAAAGAAGUAAAACUUACUCCAACUAAUUUAUGAGUCCUAGCAGUUAUAGUUAGGAAAAGUCUAUCAAAGAGUAAUCAUUUUCAGAUAUAAUGAUCCUAAUACCAACACUGAAAACAGUGCUGCCAUAAAAGGCAUUUAAUAUCUUUAAUGACGCUGAUGCCGAGCAAGCAGUGUGUACAAGAUUAAAGGAUAAAUAGUUUCAGUUAUAGAUUAGGGUUAUUAUGAUCAUUUUCCGUGUGUGUAUUGUAUGUGUCUUCAUUUACCCCUGCCUUUGAAGUCAGGCUGCUGAAAAUAAGCAACGAAACAACAAUGAUUAUCAAGAUUACCUUCAUCUGUGGCACAUUUAGGCCGCACUUUUAUCUGCGCUACAGAUGGGGAAGGGAAAUCAGAACAGGGCUCUAAAUAAAGUGGGCCAGGGGAUGGAGAUUUGUCCAAAGGAUAGUGAUGCUAUGUUUAAUGGCUUCUCUUACUGAGAGAGGAAACCUGACAGGUCCGAAAAACCUGCAGGCUAAUAAUCGAGCAUUACAGUGCAGUCUGUACCUGCACCUAGCUUUCAGCAUGCUAAAAAUAAAACAGCAUGGAAAGAAGGACGCGUACACUGUCUCAUUACGUCCUCCUCAUCAAGGUUGAUGCCUCUGCGCUGUGAUGUUAAGCGUAGCUUCUAGACAGGCGGCGUUUGACGUCGGGUCAGGAGUGAGGUUCAGAGCGAAUAUCCGUCACUGGUGACAGGGUGAAGUAAACAGAACAGUAAUGAUGGCAUCGGUGGCGUGCAGCAGUGAGACACAAUUUUGUUCAAAUACUGCGAUGUAGACAUAGAGUGUAGUAGUAGGAGUGUAUGGUGUUAUUAUUCCUUUCUAGAAGUUCCGGAUUCAAGCUCAGUCUAGUAAAUGAUGGACUCUUAAAUGAGUAUUCGCUCGAUCCCUCUGCUUUAAAUUUAUUUUUUUUAUUGAUAUCUCUAUGUAGUUUUAUCACUCGAAUCCCCUCUCUCUUUUUUCCCUAGCUGUCAUUCUUUUUCUCGUUCCCUCUCUCUCAGGGUGAACAGGUGCUAGUGGACAGGCGGGGAGACAGAGAGAGUAAUUGAGGCUGAGUCUGACCUUGACGAGGAAGGUCGAGCCAGCAGCAGGCGAAUGCACCGUCAGCGCUUUGCAUAUUCUAAAUCGGACGACACAAUAUCCGUAAUAGUGUGAAACCUACAGGGAAUCAGAGAUGAGCUUCUCUACCCAUCCCUUCCCCUCCCACCAUCUCUUCCUCCAUUCUCUCAAUCCAUCCAUCCACCCACACAUCCAUGACCUCUCCUUUAACAAUUGAUUUUCAUUGUCCUCAAAUCAGUGUGGUUCAAGUCUGCGAGUGCAGCAGCGGAGACAGCAUGUAGACACUUGUCCUGCUCCCAGCUUCUCAGCCCAGUUCAUUACCCACCAAUGCAUCAUGUCUGCGAAUGAGUCAUUAUUUUUCAUCUUUCGCUCAUUUGUCUUUGUCUCUCUCCUUUUUUUUCUCUUGCAUACAAGCUUUCAAACCUAAAGCCUAAGAUUAAAAGCAAUGAUAAACCCACUGAAUUAUAAAUCGUUUUAUUAUGCAAAGCCCUUAGUAACACGAAUAACCGCCUUUACGAGGACAUUUGAAUAUUUAUAACUAGCUUUACCUCUCUAUUUUUUCUUCACAAUCGAAAAAAUAAUAAACCAUUUUUAUUGUAUGUCAAGCAAUGUCAGUAUUAGGAUGGGGAAUCCAGUCGGCAUUUUGUCCAAAGGUCACAGUUGGCUAUUAGGGACUAUCACCAGAGGACAACCACCAGAUUUUCAUGGAAAAAAACAUUGUUCCUCUCUGAUAAACUUGUAAAUAUGUUUGUAAAUAUGUUACAGCAAUAAUACGACACUGCAUGUGGAAAAAAAAAUCAGAUCCCUUUGCUUUAUCUCCUUUCUUAGAUUUUUUUUUUCAAUUGUAUAAACUGGUACCAGUAAAGGCCUGGACAGAAAACACAAAAUCAGGGACACGCCUUCUUUAGCCAAUUAUCUGCUGUGGCUGCAUUGACCAGUUGUUGUCAACAUGGGAUCAUUCUCUGUAUUAGGAGAUCUGUUGAUGUUCGCUCUCUUUCUGUUUUUUUUUUUCCUUCCUUCUGUCUUUUGUCUAAGUGCCCAGCUUGGCUGCGCAGUAAAGAAAAGUGCCAAAAAAUAAAAGUAUAAUUUCCAUAACAAAAGCCUUCGACUUAUGGUGGCCUUCUCACAAGCCUCCAUAUGGUCCUCGAACGACAGAAUUUAGAUUUUCACUCUUCUUUCUUACUCUCCCCACACUCUAUUACUCUCCUCUUUUUUCGAAAUAUGAGGAAAAAAUGUUAAGCCAUGACUGAGAAUGAUUGAUUUUUUUCUUAUUUUUCUUUGUACCACUGUUAUUAGAAGUGGGGAUAAUACUGGUCAUAACGAUGAUGAUGAUAAUGACAAUAAUAAAACCAAUAGCACAAAUAA